UCAGUGCUGUACGGUGGCCGGCGCGGGGCAGACGCUGGCGAUGAAUGGAGGUGCAGGGUGCUGGUUGAAAUAAGUCUUCUCUGCUUUCCCCUCUUUCCCAGCCGUUUCUGCUUUCCCCACUUUUUUUUGCCGUGUCCCCAUACUCAUCCCCGCUCUGUCGACGACCCGGUUGGUCCCAGCGUCUGAGUUCUUGGUGCCUGAGUCGACCCCGGGCACAGCCGGGGUUUGGGGAUCCGGAUAAUCGCCUAGGCCCAACUUCGGACCGCGCUCUCGAUUUCUGCCUCGCCCGGCGCUCGGACGCCGAAUCCCUGUGGGUCUCUUGAGACUGGAGGGUAGAUCUUAAGGAUCAAGAGUGAUGAUGACCGAGUGUACAAGCCUUCAGUUUGUCAGCCCUUUUGCUUUUGAAGCCAUGCAGAAGGUGGAUGUUGUUCGCUUGGCGUCUUUAAGUGAUCCAGAACUAAGACUUCUCUUACCCUGCUUGGUGAGGAUGGCACUUUGUGCUCCUGCUGACCAGAGUCAAAGCUGGGCUCAGGAUAAGAGGCUUAUUCUUCGCCUUCUGUCUGGAGUGGAAGCUGUCAACUCCAUUGUUGCACUGCUGUCUGUGGACUUCCAUGCUCUAGAGCAAGAUGCCAGCAAAGAACAACAGCUUAGGCAUAAGCUCGGAGGAGGCAGUGGAGAGAGCAUCCUGGUAUCACAGCUCCAGCAUGGACUGACACUAGAAUUUGAACACAGUGACUCACCCCGUCGAUUGCGGCUCGUGCUUAGUGAACUGUUGGCAAUUAUGAACAAGGUAUCAGAGUCUAAUGGAGAGUUCUUUUUCAAGUCUUCUGAGCUCUUUGAGAGUCCAGUGUACUUGGAGGAAGCUGCAGACGUUCUCUGUAUCUUACAAGCAGAGCUCCCUUCCUUGCUUCCUAUAGUCGAUGUAGCCGAAGCCUUGCUACAUGUUAGAAAUGGUGCCUGGUUCUUAUGUCUCUUGGUAGCCAAUGUUCCCGAUAGUUUUAAUGAAGUUUGUAGGGGCCUGAUCAAAAAUGGAGAACGACAAGAUGAAGAAAGUCUUGGAGGGAGGCGCAGGACAGAUGCCUUACGAUUCUUGUGCAGAAUGAAUCCUUCUCAGGCCCUGAAGGUCCGGGGCGUGGUGGUGGAAGAAUGUCACUUGCCAGGCCUUGGAGUAGCUUUGACAUUGGAUCAUACUAAAACUGAAACUUGUGAAGACGGAGUGAGUGACUUGGUUUGCUUUGUUAGUGGCUUGCUUCUUGGAACAAAUGCAAAAGUCAGGACUUGGUUUGGAACGUUUAUUCGAAAUGGACAACAGAGAAAAAGGGAGACCAGCGGUUCUGUCCUUUGGCAGAUGAGGAGGCAGCUUCUUCUGGAGUUGAUGGGCAUUCUUCCUACAGUAAGGAGUACUCGUAUUGUAGAAGAAGCCGAUGUGGAGAUGGAGCCCACUGUGUCUGUGUACUCGGGGCUGAAGGAAGAGCAUGUGGUGAAAGCCAGCGCACUCUUACGUCUAUACUGUGCCUUGAUGGGGAUUGCUGGACUCAAGCCAACUGAGGAAGAAGCUGAACAGUUGCUGCAGUUGAUGACCAGCCGGCCUCCUGCCACACCAGCUGGGGUUCGAUUUGUUUCCCUUUCCUUCUGUAUGCUACUGGCCUUUUCUACACUUGUCAGCACACCAGAGCAGGAGCAGCUGAUGGUGGUGUGGCUCAGCUGGAUGAUCAAAGAAGAGGCGUACUUUGAGAGUACAUCAGGUGUCUCUGCUUCUUUUGGGGAGAUGUUGUUAUUAGUGGCCAUGUAUUUCCAUAGCAACCAGCUUAGUGCGAUCAUUGACUUAGUCUGCUCCACUUUGGGAAUGAAGAUUGUGAUUAAGCCAAGCUCCUUGAGCAGGAUGAAGACCAUCUUCACACAGGAAAUCUUUACUGAGCAGGUUGUUACAGCUCAUGCAGUUCGAGUCCCUGUUACCAGCAACCUGAGUGCCAACAUUACUGGGUUUCUGCCCAUUCAUUGUAUUUACCAACUUCUCAGGAGUCGAUCGUUUACCAAGCACAAAGUAUCAAUAAAAGACUGGAUUUACAGACAGCUGUGUGAAACCUCCACUCCACUCCACCCUCAGCUGCUUCCUCUGAUCGAUGUGUACAUAAACUCUAUCCUUACUCCUGCAUCGAAAUCAAAUCCUGAAGCCACAAAUCAGCCAGUCACAGAACAGGAGAUACUUAACAUUUUUCAGGAAGUCAUUGGGGGUGACAGUGUCCGCCUUAGUCAGCGCUUCAGUAUCACGGCGCAGCUUUUGGUGCUCUAUUACAUCCUUUCUUAUGAGGAAGCACUCCUGGCAAACACAAAGACUUUAGCUUCCAUGCAAAGAAAGCCCAAAUCAUAUUCUUCUUCUUUAAUGGACCAGAUUCCUAUCAAGUUCCUUAUUCGGCAGGCUCAGGGACUGCAGCAGGAGUUGGGAGGGCUGCAUUCAGCUUUAUUACGUCUUCUAGCAACUAAUUACCCCCAUUUGUGUAUUGUGGAUGACUGGAUCUGUGAAGAAGAAGUCACAGGCACUGAUGCGCUGUUAAGAAGAAUGCUUCUGACUAGUAAUGCCAAAAGUCACUCUCCGAAACAGCUGCAGGAAGCAUUUUCAUCUGUCCCAGUAAAUCACACACAAGUGAUGCAGAUUAUGGAGCACUUGACUCUACUUUCUGCCAGUGAACUUAUACCUUAUGCAGAAGUAUUAACAUCCAAUAUGAACCAGCUGCUGAAUUCAGGGGUUCCACGGAGAAUUCUUCAAACUGUCAAUAAGUUAUGGAUGGUUCUUAAUACUGUGAUGCCAAGAAGGUUGUGGGUCAUGACUGUUAAUGCACUCCAACCUUCCAUAAAGUUUAUACGACAACAAAAAUAUACCCAGAAUGAUUUGAUGAUAGAUCCUCUCAUUGUCUUGAGGUGUGACCGGAGGGUUCACAGGUGCCCCCCACUGAUGGAUAUUACUCUACACAUGCUGAAUGGCUAUCUCCUUGCAUCUAAAGCUUACCUUAGUGCCCAUCUGAAGGAGACAGCAGAGCAGGAUAGGCCUUCCCAGAACAAUACAGUAGGUUUGCUUGGACAGACUGAUGCCCCAGAAGUUACCAGAGAAGAGCUGAAAAAUGCAUUAUUGGCUGCUCAGGAUAGUGCAGCUGUCCAGAUUCUCUUAGAGAUUUGUUUGCCUACUGAAGAGGAAAAGGCAAAAGGUGCCAAUGCAGACAUCUCCCUCAGGACCGCUCAAAGCGUCAUUCCCAGCAGCAGCGGCACUCUGGACAAGGAAGUGGAGGACGGGGAAGGGAGCCUGCUCUGUAACCUCCGUGAAGUCCAGUGCCUUAUCUGCUGCCUGCUGCACCAGAUGUACAUCGCAGACCCCAACAUUGCCAAACUUGUCCACUUUCAGGGCUACCCAUGUGAACUUUUGCCCCUGACGGUUGCAGGGAUCCCAUCUAUGCACAUCUGUCUGGAUUUCAUACCGGAGCUUAUUGCCCAGCCUGAACUUGAAAAACAGAUAUUUGCUAUACAGCUGCUUUCUCAUUUGUGUAUCCAGUAUGCACUACCAAAGUCACUUAGUGUGGCUCGCUUGGCUGUCAAUGUCAUGGGAACUUUGCUAACAGUCCUAACACAGGCUAAGCGGUAUGCUUUCUUCAUGCCAACUCUCCCAAGUUUGGUCUCCUUUUGUCGAGCAUUUCCUCCACUGUAUGAGGAUAUUAUGUCUUUGCUAAUUCAAAUAGGCCAAGUAUGUGCCUCUGAUGUUGCCACUCAGACCAGAGACAUUGAUCCAAUCAUCACACGUCUUCAACAAAUAAAGGAGAAACCAAGUGGAUGGUCUCAAAUCUGUAAAGAUCUAUCUUACAAAAAUGGAUCCAGGGACACUGGAAGCAUGGAUCCUGAUGUCCAGCUCUGUCAUUGUAUUGAAAGCACAAUAAUUGAAAUAAUAAACAUGAGUGUUAGUGGAAUUUGAAAAAAAAUGCAGCUGUUGCUGCAUAUACCCAACAGGAACCUGGAUUUUGUGACAACUCUAAACUGAAUGGAAAUAGUGAAAUCUUGGGAAUUCUAGCUGAAUGAUUCAAUUCAACAUGAGCAUAAUUUAGAACUCUGAGGAUCAUACUUGCUUAUGUUUGAUUGGCAUAUCUUUGGGUCUGCUCUGACGGUAUGUUUAUAUUGUAGCAGCUGAACUUCUUUUCCAUUGGGAAUACUUUAAGAAACCCGUUUCUAGAAAGGGAUUGGGCCAUGCACUUAGCUUGUGAAGUGAAGAAAGAUUGCCAGGUCUUUAAUUGUUUAUAAAAAUGAGCCUGUGGCCGGGCAGUGGUUGUGGAGGCAGGGGCAGGUGGAUCUCUG